CGGUCGCCGAGACCGGAGAAGCCCGGAUGGGGGAGGCUAGGUGGCGGAGCACGAGCAGUGGAAUGUGAAGAACUCUCCAGGGCUGUGCGGUGUCGCCUGAGGUCACUGGGCCGGGAGGAAUCUUCUGCCACUGCUACAGCAUGGGCGGCAAGAACAAGAAACACAAGGCACCCGGGGCCGCAGCAGUCCGGGCUGCCGUGUCCGCUUCCAGGGCCAAAUCCGCCGAGGCCGCAGCAGCCGGCGAGGCCCAGAGCAAGAAGCCGGUGGCCAGGCCACCUCCCGCCGCCGCUGCCGGCGCCAGGGAGCCCCGAGUCAAACAAGGUCCAAAAAUUUAUAGUUUUAAUUCUGCAAAUGACUCUGGUGGCCCUGCAAAUGUGGAUAAAUCUAUUUUGAAAGUGGUAAUUAAUAACAAACUAGAGCAAAGAAUUAUUGGAGUAAUCAACGAACAUAAAAAGCAAAAUAAUGACAAGGGAAUGAUUUCUGGAAGACUGACUGCCAAAAAAUUACAGGAUUUAUACAUGGCUUUACAAGCAUUUUCAUUUAAGACUAAAGACAUUGAAGAUGCAAUGACCAAUACACUUUUACAUGGAGGUGAUCUUCAUUCUGCCUUGGAUUGGCUCUGUUUAAAUCUUUCAGAUGAUGCACUUCCUGAAGGAUUCAGUCAGGAAUUUGAAGAGCAGCAAGCUAAAAGUAGGCCAAAAUUUCAGGCUCCUCAAAUACAAGCCACUAUUUCACCUCCAUUGCAACCUAAAAUCAAAAAACAGGAAGAAGACCCUAAGAUUAAGCCAAAAAAGGAAGACAAGAAUAUGGAAGUAAAUAUGAAGGAGUGGAUUUUGCAGUAUGCUGAACGACAAAAAGAAGAAGAAAAGAGUGAAAGUUCUAAAAGUUUAGAAGAGGAAGAAAAAUUUGACCCUAAUGAAAGGUACUUGCACCUUGCAGCGAAAUUUCUGGAUGCGAAGGAACAAGCAGCUGCCUUUAAACUAGAAAAAAACAAGCAAGGCCAAAAAGAGGCUCAAGAAAAGAUAAGGAAAUUUCAAAGAGAAAUGGAGACUUUAGAAGACCAUCCUGUAUUCAAUCCAGCAAUAAAGAUUUCAUAUCAACAAAAUGAAAGGAAAAAGCCUCCUGUAGCCACUGAAGGAGAAAGUUCUUUGAACUUUAAUUUAUUUGAAAAAUCUGCAGCUCCUACUGAAGAAGAAAAAGAUAAAAAGAAAGAACCUCAUGAUGUGAGAAACUUUGACUACACUGCUCGAAGCUGGACUGGAAAAUCUCCCAAACAAUUCCUGAUUGAUUGGGUCAGGAAGAAUCUUCCAAAGAGUCCAAAUCCUUCGUUUGAAAAAGUUCCAGUAGGUAGAUACUGGAAAUGUAGGGUCAGAGUAAUCAAGUCUGAAGAUGACGUCCUGGUAGUAUGUCCUGCAAUCCUAACCGAGGACGGCAUGCAAGCCCAGCACCUGGGAGCCACCUUGGCCCUGUAUCGUUUAGUGAAAGGGCAGUCUGUUCAUCAGUUACUUCCUCCCACUUACCGAGAUGUUUGGCUAGAAUGGAGUGAUGCAGAAAAGAAAAAAGAAGAAUUAAAUAAAAUGGAAACCAAUAAACCACGUGAUCUUUUUAUUGCCAAACUUCUGAACAAGCUGAAACAGCAGCAGCAGCUGCAGCAGCAGCAUUCUGAAAAUAAGAAGGAAAACUCUGAAGACCCUGAGGAAUCUUGGGAAAACUUAGUUUCUGAGGAGGAUUUUUCUGCCCUGUCCUUGGAAUCAGCAGUUGCAGAAGAUCUGGAACCUGUUAGAAACCUCUUUAGAAAGUUGCAAAGCUCACCUAAAUAUCAGAGACUUCUAAAGGAGAGACAACAGUUACCUGUGUUCAAACACCGGGAAUCAAUUGUCGAAACUCUUAAAAGGCACCGAGUAGUAGUUGUGGCAGGUGAAACAGGCAGUGGUAAAAGUACUCAAGUACCACAUUUUCUGUUGGAAGACUUGCUUCUGAAUGAGUGGGGAACAAGUAAAUGUAACAUCAUCUGUACCCAGCCCCGGAGAAUCUCAGCAGUGAGUCUGGCCACCAGAGUGUGUGAUGAAUUGGGCUGUGAAAAUGGACCUGGAGGAAGGAAUUCUUUGUGCGGAUAUCAAAUUCGGAUGGAGUCUCGAGCUAGUGAAUCUACCAGGUUACUCUAUUGUACAACAGGGGUUUUGCUAAGGAAACUUCAAGAGGAUGGUCUUCUAAGUAAUGUGUCUCAUGUUAUUGUAGAUGAAGUGCAUGAAAGAAGUGUCCAGUCAGACUUUCUGCUGGUUAUUUUGAAGGAGAUUUUACAGAAACGUUCUGAUCUACACUUGAUUCUAAUGAGUGCCACCGUGGACAGUGAAAAAUUUUCUACAUAUUUCACACACUGCCCAAUUCUGAGGAUUUCAGGGAGAAGUUACCCCGUUGAGGUUUUUCAUCUUGAAGAUAUAAUAGAAGAAACAGGCUUUGUACUGGAGAAAGACUCAGAAUAUUGUCAGAAAUUUCUGGAGGAAGAAGAAGAAAUAACCAUUAAUGUUACAAGCAAAGCAGGUGGAAUAAAAAAGUAUCAGGAAUACAUCCCAGUUCAGACUGGAACAACUGCUGAUUUAAAUCCACUUUACCAAAAGUACAGUAACCGUACUCAGCAUGCUAUUCUCUACAUGAAUCCUCAUAAAAUCAACCUGGAUCUCAUUUUGGAACUUCUCGUCUAUUUAGACAAAAGUCCACAGUUCAGAAAUAUUGAAGGAGCAGUAUUGAUUUUUUUACCAGGCCUUGCUCAUAUUCAACAGUUGUAUGAUCUCCUGUCAAAUGAUAGAAGAUUUUAUUCUGAACGAUAUAAAGUGAUAGCUCUGCAUUCUAUUCUCUCAACUCAAGAUCAAGCUGCAGCAUUCACUCUUCCUCCUCCAGGAGUCAGGAAGAUUGUUUUAGCAACCAAUAUUGCAGAGACGGGUAUCACUAUUCCAGAUGUCGUAUUUGUAAUUGAUACUGGAAGAACAAAAGAAAACAAGUACCAUGAGAGCAGUCAGAUGAGUUCUCUGGUGGAAACCUUUGUCAGCAAAGCUAGUGCCCUACAGCGCCAGGGGAGAGCUGGGAGAGUCCGAGAUGGCUUCUGUUUCCGAAUGUACACAAGAGAAAGAUUUGAAGGCUUUAUGGACUAUUCUGUUCCUGAAAUAUUGCGCGUACCCCUGGAGGAAUUAUGUCUGCAUAUUAUGAAAUGUAAUCUUGGGUCUCCUGAAGAUUUCCUCUCCAAAGCCUUAGAUCCUCCUCAACUUCAAGUAAUCAGCAAUGCGAUGAAUUUACUCCGAAAAAUUGGAGCUUGUGAACUAAAUGAGCCUAAACUAACUCCAUUGGGCCAACACCUUGCAGCUUUACCUGUGAAUGUCAAGAUUGGCAAGAUGCUUAUUUUUGGUGCCAUAUUUGGCUGCCUUGACCCAGUGGCAACCCUGGCUGCAGUUAUGACAGAGAAGUCUCCUUUUACCACACCAAUUGGUCGGAAAGAGGAAGCAGAUCUUGCAAAGUCUGCUUUGGCUAUAGCGGACUCAGAUCACCUGACGAUCUACAAUGCAUAUCUAGGAUGGAAGAAAGCACAGCAGGAAGGAGGCUAUCGUUCAGAGCUUGCAUACUGCCGGAGGAACUUUCUGAAUAGAACAGCACUGUUAACGCUAGAGGAUGUAAAGCAGGAGUUAAUGAAGUUGGUCAAGGCAGCAGGAUUUUCAUCUACCACUUCUAACAACUGGGAAGGAAACAGAGCCUCGCAGACUCUGUCUUUCCAAGAAAUUGCCCUUCUGAAAGCUGUAUUGGCUGCUGGACUUUAUGACAACGUAGGAAAGAUAAUCUAUACAAAGUCAGUCGAUGUUACAGAAAAGUUGGCUUGCAUUGUGGAGACAGCCCAAGGCAAAGCACAAGUACAUCCAUCUUCAGUGAAUCGAGAUCUGCAAACUUACGGGUGGCUCUUAUACCAGGAGAAGAUAAGGUAUGCCAGAGUGUAUCUGAGGGAAACAACCCUAAUAACUCCUUUUCCAGUUUUACUUUUUGGUGGUGAUAUAGAAGUUCAGCACCGGGAACGUCUUCUUUCUAUUGAUGGCUGGAUCUAUUUUCAGGCUCCAGUGAAGAUAGCUGUCAUUUUCAAACAGCUAAGAGUUCUCAUUGAUUCUGUUUUAAGAAAAAAGCUUGAAAAUCCAAAGAUGUCCCUUGAAAAUGACAAGAUUCUACAGAUCAUUACGGAAUUGAUAAAAACAGAGAAUAACUGAAACAAAUUCAUGGUGAACUGCUUUAAAAAUUAAGAUGAAGAUUUGCUCAAGAAAUUAUGUGAAAAUGGACCAUCCCAUUAAGUAUUUCAUUACUUAAAAUGGUGGUACUUGCCAUUAGCUUCAUAGUGGCAGGAGAAAAGCACAUACUUUCAACAUGUAAUUUUCUAGUUCCUUUUUAAUGCUGAUUAUUCUCAAUGUAUUUGCCACUACAUUUACAAUAAAUACUUUGGUACCACCCA